UUUAAAAUUUCCUUUGGAUAUACCAAAUUUAUUGGAACGCUGGAUAGCAGCAAUUGUGAAAAGAUUGAAAGCAGAUAUUAUACUUACUCAAAAUUUAUAUCAAAGUUCUGAUGAAGAUUCGAAUCCAAGUGAUUGCAACGUAAAUCUUGAAAUUUUACAUGAAGUAGAUACUGCUAGCACUGCACAAUGUAAUAUAUCUGAUGUAAUGCACAUGAUGCAGCCAGGCUUAACAGAAUCUCAAAAACCUCUAGCUACAGAUACAUUACAAAGAACAAACAUAAAAUAUUGUAAAUUGGAAAAUGAAAAUAAGGAACUUAAAGCAAUAAUCAGUUGCUUGAGACAAAAUUAUGAAAGACAAUUAAAUAAUCAAGCAAAUAUGUUCAAAAAUCUAAUAGAAAAAGAGAAAAAUAAUUGCAAAGAAAAACUUAUUUUAGAAAAAAAGAAACUGAAAUUAUUAAAUAGAAAAACAAGCCGAAAAAAUAUACGGAUUGAUAACUUAAUGCAUCAAUUAAAAGAAUCAAAAACAAUAAGUAAUAAAACAUAUGACAUGUUAAGUUCUGAUUUGGGUUGUGUAUCUGCUCAAAUAUUUAAAAAUAAUCAAGAAAAUAAAAAUAAACAGCAAGGAAGACGUUACUCUGAAGAUAUAAAAAGGUUUGCCUUGACCUUACAUUAUCAUUCUUUUAAAGCUUAUGAGUUUUGCAGGUCAGCAUGAUAUUUGCUUCUACUUUUUCUUAAUUUUUUCAUAUCUUUAAUUCUUUAUAUAAAUAUUUGCAUGUUUUAUGUAUAGACAUUUAUUCAUUGAGUGUUUACGAUAAUCGAAUUGGAGUUAGUACGAGUUAGUUUCACUAGGGCUGAAAAAUAUGAUAGUCACAAGCAUCUAGUAUUUUCAUGAUUCGUUACAACUUAGUGCUGUCCGAUAAAUCGAGUAGAGUAGAGUAGAGUAUAGUUAGGGUAGUAU